CCUUUCCACCCAUUCCCUCAUACAUUGCACCCUUACUCUGCUUUCCUACUCCAACAUGAAUUCUAAAGGACUUUCUCUCGUUCUCCUAUCAGCCAUCGUGGCAGUCCUCCUAUCCACACAACUCCCAUUCCUAAAACAUCUCAUCAAGCUACCUUUCACCAGUUUCUCACCAUCUAUCAUUUCAAUGCUGACCGCUUGCAACAUUUAUGGCCACAAUCACCCCCACCAUCAUCAUGGCCGUAAACGACGGUCGGAUUCGAUUUGCGACAACUUCCCUCCAAACUUCCCACCUCCUGACUCUAACACUACGACGAACCUUUGCGUCGAUCAGAAUGGUUGUUGUAAUUUCACAAUGGUGCAAGCGGCCAUUGAUGCAAUCGGAGUUGCCAGCCAGAAGAGGACCAUCAUAUGGAUCAAUAGUGGCAUUUACUAUGAGAAGGUGAUGGUCCCGAGGACUAAACCCAAUAUUACAUUUCAAGGGCAAGGAAUGGCAUCGACAGCGAUCGUUUGGAAUGACACGGCCAACUCUUCCCAUGGUACAUUCUACAGUUCAUCCGUCGCCAUUUUUGGUAACAAUUUCGCCGCCAAGAACAUAAGCUUCAUGAAUGUAGCCCCAACACCAAAGCCUGGUGAUGUAGGAGCACAAGCUGUGGCCAUCAGGGUAGGUGGAGAUCAAGCUGCAUUUUGGGGCUGUGGCUUCUUUGGGGCCCAAGACACCCUUCAUGAUGAUAAAGGAAGGCAUUACUUCAAGGAAUGUUUCAUCCAAGGGUCCAUUGAUUUCAUCUUUGGCGAUGCAAGGUCCCUAUAUGAGAACUGUCAGCUAAUUUCUAUGGCCAACCCAGUGCCUGCUGGAUUGAAGACAAUAAAUGGAGCCGUCACUGCACACGGCAGACAAUCAAAGGACGAGAACACAGGAUUCGCGUUCGUGAAUUGCACCAUUGGUGGGACCGGAAGGAUAUGGUUGGGUCGAGCAUGGAGACCCUUCUCACGUGUGGUGUUUGCAUACACGUACAUGUCUGAAAUCAUAUCCCCAGAGGGAUGGAAUGACUUGAAUGAUGCCACAAGAGACCAGACUAUCUUCUAUGGAGAGUAUAAUUGCAUGGGUGGUGGGGCCAAUCUAACAAUGAGGGUGCCUUAUCUUCAAAGACUCACUGAUGCACAAGCUUCUCCUUUUCUCGAUGUUUCAUAUAUUGAUGGGGACCAAUGGCUAAAACCACUCCUCUAGCUUCUUUUAUUUUUAUUUUUUUUUUUUUUUUUGUAAUAUAACUUAUCACCUGUAGCCAGUUCUAUGCUGACUUAUCAUGCAACACCAUUUUUCUUGCCCACAUGCCACUUGUGUAGAACAUACCUACCAUGCAGAUGGUUAUCGUUAUCAUGAAGAUCACUUGGUACAAAAAUUAGGUAAGUCUAUUCAUUGAUUAUACACGCCAUUAAAUCAAAGUAUAACCAACAUCUUUGACUUAAAAUAUAAGUGUGGUCCACCUCGUGAGUGGAUCGUCCUUAUUUUCGAACGGGUGGCCUCUUGGUAGGGGCUAUCCUUUUUAACAGAAUAAAUGUCUUACAUAAGUGGCAUGCAGCAGGAAAAUUAACGUUGCAUGGUGAGUUAGCAUGCAGUUGAUUGUAGGUGAUUAGUUCUCAUUUUACUAUGUGGGCCCUACAAAAUGUCACAAAAAUAUUUAUUUAUUUAUUUAUUUAUUGAUACUUUUCCUAAUUGUUGUAUAUAUAGUCUUACUUUGAAAGUUAUCAUAAAGACUUGUAAAGAACAAUAGUGA